CCUCCCGUCCCGUCCCGUCCCCGAGCCAUCAUCUCAUCGACUCGGCGACUCCUCCCCCAUCUCCUUAUCCCUUCGCUUCCCAUAAACCCCCGACGCCGUCCUUGUCUCACCCCCGCCUCCCCUCUCCGCGACCCCGCCUCCGCUGCUAGGGUUUAAACCGCCCGCCUCGCCGGCCUCCGCGUUUCCCGGGCAGGAACGAAGGGAGGAGCGAGGAUGGAGGCGCCGAUACCGCGCGAGUGGGUCGGGCUGCAGCAGUUCCCGGCGGCCACCCAGACCAAGCUGCACGAGCUCCUCGGCAAGCUCAAGGAGGAGAAUGUGAGCACAUUGACGAUACUGGUGAUGGGGAAGGGUGGGGUGGGGAAGUCUUCCACCGUCAACUCCAUCGUUGGGGAGAGGGUUGCCACUGUCAGCGCUUUCCAGUCAGAGGGCUUGAGGCCAACAAUGUGCAGCCGCACAAGGGCGGGGUUCACCUUGAACAUUAUUGAUACUCCGGGGCUCAUUGAAGGUGGAUACAUCAAUGAACAGGCUGUUGAGAUCAUAAAGAGGUUCCUUCUGGGCAAGAUUAUUGAUGUUCUCCUGUACGUGGAUCGCUUGGAUGCAUACAGAAUGGAUACGCUCGAUGAACAAGUUAUAAGAGCCAUCACCAAUGCAUUUGGAAAGGACAUUUGGCGAAGAACAUUGGUUGUAUUGACCCACGCUCAGCUCUCACCGCCUGAUGGGAUAGAUUAUAAUGAUUUCUUUACAAGAAGAUCAGAGGCGCUUUUGCGAUACGUUUGUUCAGGUGCAGGAAUCAACAAACGAGAAUAUGGGGAUUUCCCCUUGCCAAUAGCAUUGGUGGAGAAUAGUGGAAGGUGCAAGGUUAAUGAGCAUGGGGAGAAGAUUCUUCCAGAUGGGACUUCGUGGGUUCCAAACCUGAUGAAAGGAAUUACUGUUGUCAUCUCGAAUGGUAGCAAGUCCAUUACUGUUGAUCAGAAGUUAAUCGAUGGUCCAAACCCCAACAUCCGCUGGAAGAUAUUCAUACCACUUAUCCUUGCUGUGGAGUACUUUUUGGUGGUAAAAGGAAUCCGGAGGGCGAUCUGUGCGGAUAUAGCAAACGGGAAGAUGGAUGACUGGGAGCAGCGUUACCGGGAUUUGGUUGGAAGCAGAGACCCCGUAGAGCAGAAAGGUUCUGUGCCCUGGAACCGUAAGGCCUAAGCUGGUGUAGUUGUGGAUUUCGUUUGCAUCUGUGACCCAUUCAAUUAUCUGUCCUUUCUUUUGCGUCCCUAAUUCCAGAGGUCUGUUCAGGUGCUUCAUAGAGCUCGCUGGGACAGUUUGAACAAACUUCCUCCUAUUGUUGUUGCCAAGAAUAUGCAUCUCAUUAUGUUA